ACGUAUUUACGAAAAAAAAAAAAAAAAAAAUCCGUGAAAAUCCGUAAAACGUGUUCUUUCACAUUCAAGUUUUUCAAUUUACGGAAUCAUCGACGAUCGCAAUUUAAAUAUACAUGUUCAAAUGAAAUUAAACAAGUAAAGAACAGCGUUCGGCUAUUUAACUACACACUUAAAUUCCGCGAGUAAAAGUAAUCAUCGGUAUGGCAUUGAAAUUAGGAAACUGUGCUAAGGGAGGAUAUUCAAAUAUCCUACAAACGGCUUUAUCGCGUCAUAAACACACAGCUGUACUUAGCGGAGACCUAAGAAAUAGCAAUGAAAAUAAUCAGAAGAAAAGUCUUCACGCCUCUGCGGUAAAGUCCUACCCAUAUGCUCCUGCAAUACCGUUACCCCAGAACAUGACCCAGAUAUUUGGAAACGAAAUGGGUCGUUUUACUUCAGAGAGAGUGCGAGAUAUAACGGGACCUAUAUUGUUCUGCCAGGCAAAUGGGCCAGCGGCUUGUUCCAAUACUGGAUCAGAAGGUCUUAAUCUUGGUAACUGCAUGACCCAAGAUAAUUCAGAAAACUUGUACAUUGAUUCAUACGACUGCACCGGUGCUGUGAGCCUCAAUGGAUCUAUGCAGAGCAACGUUCCGCAGCCGUUUUCUUCCGAGGGUAAAUCUAUGCACCUGAAUAUGCCUGGCGGUGCAUGUUCCAGGGAUGAUAAAUACAUCGCCUAUGAUAUGCAGAUCUCACACUAUUCCAAGAGCGAACCAUGUGUGCAGAACAGAACUGCCACUACCAAAGGUGCUGUCACUAACAUCAUUGCAAACAGUUUACUCUCCAAAGAUUUGUACUGUACCAAACCUGCUCACGUGAUGAGCUAUUCGACAGGCGCUGGUACCACACCAAAUGAAUCUGAAAAAUCAUCAAACGAAUUACCUAAGGCUGACAAGGAAUCAAGAGCAGCAAAGCUCAAAAGAGCAGUUAAAGAUUACGGAAGCACGGUUAUUGUAUUCCAUGUUGGCAUAUCAUUGAUGUCUCUUGGUACCUGUUACGUAGUAAUUUAUAGUGGUGUAGAUGUGCCUUCACUGAUUAGCUACCUGGGAUUUGUGGACGAUGCAAGGAUUCAAAAUAUCGUAUCGAAUUCAUCAACAUUUGUUAUUGCAUAUGCGGUCCACAAAUUAUUGGCUCCAGUAAGGAUAUCAGUAACUUUGGCAACCGUACCGUUCUUAGUCAAAUAUCUACGGAAAAUUGGUGUUUUGAAGAACAAAUAAAGAAUGCAUUUCUAUAAAAGAAACUUAUAA